AUGCCACAACGACAAGGAAAACGACAGGGUUUAAGAACAAAUGCAACUGUACGACGAAAUGAAUUCGAACAUAAAGCUAAUCGUGGUGAUUUUCUCGUUGAUAAAAAUAGUGAAGUUCCACUUUCUUUAUCGAAAUCGAAUCGAUGGAAAUUACUUGAUGAUAAAGAAUGUCAACUACCAAUUCGAAAAAUGAUACCUACACAUAUGCAAUCCAAUUCAAAAAGUAGUCCAUUUUGGCACGCUGGAUUUCCUGGUGGACAUUUUUGA